AUGUCCAACAACGACUGUAGAAUUUACGUGGGAAACCUGCCGCCCGACAUACGCACGAAAGACAUACAAGAUUUGUUCUACAAAUUCGGUAAAGUGUUGUUUGUCGAUCUAAAAAAUCAGAGAGGACCGCCGUUUGCAUUUGUCGAGUUCGACGAUCCUAGAGAUGCAGAAGAUGCCGUUCAUGCUAGAGAUGGUUAUGAUUAUGAUGGCUACAGAUUACGUGUAGAGUUUCCACGUGGAAAUGGUCCACAUAGAAGUGGCGGAGGUGGUGGCAGUAGUAGUGGUGGUGGCGGCGGUGGUGGAAGUUAUAAUAGAGGAGGUGCUAGUGGUGGAAGCGGAAGAAGCAGAGGUCCACCAGCGAGGCGUUCUCCGAUAGAGUACUUGUUACUGGAUUACCAGCAUCUGGAAGUUGGCAAGAUUUAA